AUGACUGCUUUCAGAGAUUUAGCACAUCUUCGCUAUGUCAUGCUUUUCCUAACUAAAACUUUAAUGAAAAUGUCGAAAGGUUUGAGGUGUGGAAGGAAACCAUUCGAGUCUAAAUCCUUUGGGUUCUCAUUCAACCAGCUUCGUCAUACUUUAACUGGAAAGUUUUUCAACAGAAAUGUUUUAAUGGAAAAAAUCUCAAAACAAAUCAGAUUUCAAUGUUCCAUAAACCUUCAUUGUCGAACAAGAGAAAAGUUCAAUCAGCUGCCAAAUGUCUUUCCUUUCAAAGAACUCGUAAAAGUUGCCAACAAUGACUGA